UCCGCUCUCCUCUGCUAUCUCCUCAUUUGCCACGUCCAGGCCAACGCGGAAUAAUUGACGUCAUCGGUUUUCAGUUUCACAAAACUUUAUUAACAAAAACUGCCCCUUUGAUGAACGGAGACACAGGAGUGUGGUCAAGCAGUAUUAUUAGUUGAAAUUAAUGUAUUUAAUUUCAAGUUUGUUCUGACGUCGGCACCUAACGUGAGCCAAGUGAUUGCGAACACAGAUAUUGGAGACGAAUGAACGCUAACGUCAGUUGAAACGGCGCAAUGGAGAAGUUCGGCAUGAACUUUGGGGGUGGGCCCAGCAAGAAGGAGCUUUUGGAAACCAUAGAGGCGCAGAAAAAACAAAUGGUGCAGUACCAGACCAGAUUCAAGGACGUUGUCAGGGCAUACAAAAGCCUGCUGAAGGAAAAGGAUGCCCUGGAAGCCAGCCUGAAGGUUCUGACUGUGUCCCAAGAAGUGGACUUGAACCUGCAUGGCGAGGCUCUGCCGGGCGGGCUGCCCAAUCUGGAUAGGUGCCCGUCCGACCUCGGCGAGGACAAGAGCUCCGUCCACAGCGCGGACAGCGCGGACACCGCCGCCUCCGUCGACACGGCUAACAGCGUGGCGAGCGGCAGCGGCAGAGGAGACCUGCCGGAGGAGGACCGCGGCCCGGGGGAGGGCGCGGGCGCCGCCGCCUACCAGCGGUCCGAGGAGGCCAGCGGCUCGGAGAGCGGCAUCAGCUCCAGCAGCGGCGAGCAGCCGUCCGCGGGCGAGGCCGACCGCAGGGUCCUGCAGCUCAAGGCCCAGCUGUCCACGCUGACCAGCUCGCUGGCCACCGUCACGCAGGAGAAGUCCCGCAUGGAGGCCUCCUUCCAGGCGGACAAGCGCAAGAUGAAGCUGGAGCAGGAGGAGCUGCAGGCGGCGCUGGAGGCCCAGCGGCAAGGCCGGGACGCCGAGCUGCAGGGCCUGCUGGAGCAGCUGGCCGAGAGCAAGGCCCGGGUGAUCACGCAGCAGCACGACCGCGCCCAGGAGCAGGGCGACCACGCCCUGAUGCUGCGGGAGCUGCAGCGCCUCCUGCAGGAGGAGCGCGCGCUGCGGCAGGACACGGAGCUGCAGCUGGAGGACGCGCGGGAGGCGCUGCGGGAGCGGGCGCUGGCCGCCGAGCGCGCCGGCGAGUGCGAGGAGCGCCUGAGGCAGGCGUGCCGGGAGAAGGAGGAGAUGAGGAAGUGCCUGCAGGCGUCGGAGGAGGAGCGGGGCAGGCCCGACCCGCGCGUGGAGGCCCAGCAGAGGGAGCUGGAGGAGCUCCGGGUGCACUUUCAGCAGCAGCUGCAGCACGAGAUGAGGAAGGCCGGCCAGGCGGAGGAGAGGCUGCGGGAGCAGGCGCGGCUGGAGGAGGCGCGGGUGGCCAGCCUGGAGGAGCGCGUGUCGGAGCUGUCCGAGCUGGUGGGCGCGUGCGAGAGGGCCAAGCUGAAGGACCAGCAGGCGGCGCAGAGGCUACGCGACCGCAUCCUGCAGCUGGACACGGAGAACAAGACCCUGGCCAUCGCCGCCUCCACGCGCGCCCCCGGCUGCGACCUGGCCGUGGACGCGGCCGACCUGGACGCAAACGUGCUGCGGGACAAGCUGGAGGCCGUGAAGAGGCUGCUCCGCCUGGCCUCGCCCCCGGACGGCGAGAAGCCGGAGGCGCCGGAGCGGCCCGCGUGGGACGAGGCGUCGGACGGGGAGAAGGCCUCGGCGCUGUACUACCAGCAGGAGCUGAAGCAGCUGAAGGAGGAGUUCGAGCGCUACAAGACGCGCGCCCAGGCGGUGCUCAAGAACAAGAGCGCCAAGGACGGCAGCGCCGCCAAGGAGCUGGAGGACUCGCGCGAGCAGCUGGCCGAGCUGAAGGAGAAGUACAUCGGGCUGCGCAUCCAUGGCGACGAGGCGGAGGCGCGGCACCGGGGCGAGCUGGACGCCCUGCGGCAGCGUCACGCCCUCCUGCAGCAGGGCCACCGGCAGGAGCUGGAGAAGCAGGAGGCGCAGCACCGCGAGAGCGCCCAGCGGCUGGACGCGGAGCUGCACAAGCAGAGGGACCGCACGCUGGCCCUGCUGGGCGAGAAGGACCUGGAGCUGGAGAGGCUCCGCGCGGCCGCCGCCGCCGCCGUCUCCAGGGCCGACCCGCCCGAGCCGGACCCCGACGACCCGGCGCGGGACGCGGUCACGCAGGCGCUGAGGCUGGCCGGGCCCCACGAGCCCACGCUGCUGCUGUACGCCGAGCAGCUGGCCCGCAAGGAGGUGGAGCUGAGCGCGCUGCGCCGGCUGAAGCACCAGCUGGAGGCCGACGUGCACCAGCUGCAGGACAAGCUGGUGGCCCGCGCCGAGCGGCACGACGAGGAGGCGACCGAGCUCCGCGGCCGGCUGGAGAAGCACGCGCGCGACCAGGGCCGCGAGGGCGCCAACCUGGAGUACCUGAAGAACAUCGUGUACCGCUUCCUCACCCUGCAGGACGCUCGCGGGCGCCAGCAGACGCUCACCGCCAUCCUCACCAUACUGCACUUCAGCCCGCAGGAGAAACAGGCCGUGGUCAAACUGCAGGCCCAGGGCUGGUGGAGCUCGGGGAAGAGGUAACCUCGGCCACCUCGGCAGGGGCGUUGUGGGAUAGUUUAUGGAAACGAGAGCACGUUUUUCAUGUGCGAUCGGACUUCGGACCACGCUUUCUCACGUAGUCACUUUUUUUUUAUUUUAUAAAUUCUGGAAAUUAAUCUGAA